UAUAAAGACCAAAAACCCACGAUUCCCUGCGAAGUUAACUUAGCAAACACGCCCUUCUCUCUCUUUCUCUCUCCUGAUCUCUGCAAUUUCUAGGGUUUUGCUUAAACUCGAAUUAGUAUUUGCUUCAGAGAUGGUGCUAUCACAGAAGCUUCACGAAGCAUUCAAAGGAACAGUAGAGAGAAUUACAGGGCCUAGAACUGUCUCUGCUUUCAAAGAGAAAGGCGUUCUUAGUGUCAGCGAGUUUAUUCUCGCCGGCGAUAAUCUCGUCGCUAAAUGUCCUACCUGGUCUUGGGAAUCAGGUGAACCAAGCAAGAGGAUGUCUUACUUGCCUCCAGAAAAGCAAUUCUUGAUUACUCGGAAUGUUCCUUGUCUACGAAGAGCUGCAUCUGUUGAAGAAGAAUAUGAAGCUGCUGGAGGUGAAGUUCUACUUGAUAAUGAAGAUAAUGAUGGUUGGCUGGCAACUCAUGGGAAGCCAAAAGAAUCUACGGGUGAUGAGGAUGAAAAUGUACCUUCAUUGGAGGCUCUAGAGAUCAGCAAGAAAAGUCCAAUUCACUCAAUACCCUCAUACUUUGGAGGCAAGGAGGAAGAAGAUAUUCCAGACAUGGAUGACUAUGAAGAUCCUAACAAUUUAAUUGAAUCAGAUCCUGCGACACUUCAAUCUACUUAUCUCAUAGCGCAUGAGCCUGAUGAUGAUAACAUUUUACGUACUCGAACAUAUGAUGUCAGCAUUACGUAUGACAAAUAUUAUCAAACUCCUCGCGUAUGGCUUACUGGAUAUGAUGAGUCAAGAAUGCUUCUGCAACCAGAACUUGUACUUGAAGAUGUUAGUCAAGACCAUGCACGCAAAACGGUGACUAUUGAAGACCAUCCUCAUUUGCCUGGAAAGCAUGCAUCUGUACAUCCAUGUCGUCAUGGGGCUGUAAUGAAGAAAAUUAUUGAUGUUCUAAUGUCUCGUGGAGUUGAGCCAGAAGUUCACAAGUAUCUUUUCCUAUUCUUGAAAUUCGUAGCCUCUGUAAUUCCAACUAUUGAAUAUGAUUACACAAUGGACUUCGAUCUUGGUAGCUCAAGCAAUUGAUUGAGGUGGAUCCUGCCGUAAAUUCAAAGAAAAAAAGAAGGUCCUGUGGUGCGCAUUUACAGGCGACGCUAUUAUUGUACAUAAAUCCUUAGAAGAAACUUCUUACUUAAAAGUACUGAAGUUUAUAUAUUUAAAGGAAUACAUUAAUCAGUGACUUAAAUUAUAAAAUUGUAAAUGGGACACUUAACUUUUAUCGAGAUUGUGUAGUUGGGCAUGCCAUGUUCAAUAAAAUAAAUAAAGCUGAGUUUGUGGCAACAUGCCCAUCCUAGUGUCUGUAUCAAUUGUAAGACUGUAACAGUAUGUGACUCAAAUGCAUAAUAAUUAUGGAAGAUGGAAGUUAAAUUUGGUUGCCGUCAAAGUAAA